CAUUUCUAAUCCGAACGUCGUUCCAGAGAAAUCACUGGAUAAAGAUUAAUAUUAUUAUAUUCAUUUACAUACCUUCUCUCUAUCUCUCUCUUCGAGACACAUCGCGAUCUACUCGCCGGAAGAACAAAAAUUGUUGGUCUUCUUCACCUUUUUCAUGACGUUUAUUCUCUGAUCCAAUUAAUUCCGGAUCGAGAUCGUACGACCUCGCUCUCAGAUUCGAUUCGCCCAAUUUCAAAGGUUGACGUUCACUUGUGAAGACCAUGUCUCAUCACCAAGUGGAUGAUGCUGAAUACAUGGCAGAUGAAUAUGAAAUGGAAGACGUGGAUGAUGAUAUGGACGAAGAGUUUCGUGGAAGAGAGAUGGGUGGCUCAGACUCUGAUGUGGAUGAAUAUGACUACUUGAAUAAUAAAAUGGCAGAUACUUCUGCUGCUCAAGCUAGGAGAGGUAAAGAUAUCCAAGGAAUUCCUUGGGAGAGGCUUAGUAUCACAAGGGAGAAGUAUAGGCAAACUAGGCUAGAACAGUACAAGAACUAUGAGAACAUCCCUCAAUCUGGAGAAGGUUCUGAGAAAGAAUGCAAAAUCACGAAGAAAGGGGGCAACUAUUAUGAGUUCAGACGCAAUUCAAGAUCUGUAAAAUCAACAAUUCUUCAUUUCCAGUUGAGGAACUUGGUAUGGGCUACUUCAAAGCAUGAUGUUUACCUUAUGUCACAUUUUUUGGUCGUUCAUUGGUCUUCAUUAACUUGCGACAAGACUGAGGUUCUCAAUGUUUCAGGACACGUGGCACCAUGUGAGAAGCAUCCUGGAAGCCUGUUGGAAGGAUUUACACAGACGCAAGUUAGCACACUUGCCGUAAAAGAUAAUUUGCUGGUUGCUGGAGGAUUUCAGGGAGAACUUAUUUGCAAGUAUUUAGAUAGACCGGGUGUUUGCUUCUGCACCAGGACCACUUAUGAUGAUAAUGCAAUUACUAACGCUGUUGAGAUCUACACUACUCCAAGUGGCGCUAUUCAUUUCACAGCUUCAAAUAAUGACUGCGGGGUUAGAGACUUUGAUAUGGAAAAAUUUCAACUUUCUAAGCAUUUCCGAUUCCCUUGGCCAGUGAAUCAUACUUCCCAGAGUCCUGACGGUAAGCUUCUCGUAAUUGUUGGAGAUAACCCAGAAGGCUUAUUGGUGGAUUCUAAGACUGGAAAGACGGUUACACAAUUGGUUGGUCACUUGGAUUUCUCAUUUGCAUCAGCAUGGCACCCCGAUGGCCUUACUUUUGCUACCGGGAACCAGGACAAAACGUGCCGAAUUUGGGAUGUCCGAAACCUAUCAAAGUCUGUUGCCGCUUUGAAGGGUAAUCUCGGAGCAAUCCGAUCAAUACGCUACUCGUCUGAUGGCCGGUUCAUGGCAAUGGCGGAGCCCGCGGAUUUUGUCCACGUUUAUGAUGCUAAAGGUGGGUAUGAGAAGGAGCAGGAGAUCGAUUUCUUUGGCGAGAUAUCAGGCAUGUCUUUCAGUCCUGAUACAGAAUCGCUCUUCAUCGGAGUAUGGGAUCGUACAUAUGGUAGCCUUCUUGAGUUUGGUCGACGAAGAAACUACUCCUACCUUGAUUCUGUCAUUUGAGUGUGUGAUUGUGCACCCUGCAAAUAAGUGUGCAAGUAUGGCACAUUUCCCAGUGCGACGCUGGAAACUCAGUUGCAGAAGAAGUGGGCUUGUAGGUGUAGAUGUUAAAUGUGUUGUGCAAUGUUAGGUUGUUAUUUGUGUUGUUGGGAGUGAUGUCAUAAGAUGUUAGGGAGGGGAGGGCUGUACAGAAGGCUAGGAAGAAGCAAUGGUCUUGCAAAAACAGAUAAACUAGAAAACUGGUUUUCUCUCAAAAGGUAUCAGAAAAGAGACUACUCUGGUUUCAUGUCCUGUUUAUCUGUGUGUGUCUUGGGACCCUUUAAUUUGUUUUGGGAACGUAUUGAAUGAAUUUCUUUGUUUCUGUAUC